AUGGCCGAGAAGUGCGACUGCCUGGCCAGCAUGUACGGCUACGACCUGGGCUGCCGCUUCGUGAACUUUCGCCCGCUGGGCUUCGGGGCCAACGGGCUGGUGCUGUCAGCUCUGGACAGCCGCAGCUGCCGGAAGGUGGCCGUGAAGAAGCUGACGCUGGGCGACGCGCGCAGCAUGAAGCACGCCUUCCGUGAGAUCAAGAUCAUCCGCCGCCUGGACCACGAGAACAUUGUCAAGGUCUACGAGGUGCUGGGCCCCAAGGGCGCCAACCUGCGGGGGGACUUCUUCAAGUUCAACAUGGUGUACAUCGUGCAGGAGUACAUGGAGACGGACCUGGCGCGGCUGCUGGAGCAGGGCAAGCUGGCCGAGGAGCACGCCAAGCUCUUCAUGUACCAGCUGCUGCGUGGGCUCAAGUACAUCCACUCGGCCAACGUCCUGCACCGCGACCUCAAACCCGCCAACAUCUUCAUCAGCACGGAGGACCUGGUGCUGAAGAUCGGUGACUUCGGCCUGGCCAGGAUUGUGGACCAGCACUACUCACACAAGGGUUACCUCUCUGAAGGCUUGGUGACCAAGUGGUACCGCUCCCCCCGUCUCCUCCUGUCGCCCAACAACUACACCAAAGCCAUCGACAUGUGGGCAGCUGGCUGCAUCCUGGCUGAGAUGCUCACCGGGAGGAUGCUUUUUGCUGGGGGCCACGAGCUGGAGCAGAUGCAGCUGAUUCUGGAGACCAUCCCUGUGAUCCACCAGGAGGACAAAGAGGAGCUGCUCAAGGUGAUGCCCAUGUUCAUCAACAGCACUUGGGAAGUGCGGAAGCCGCUGCGCAAGCUGCUGCCCGAGGUGGACAGUCAAGCUAUUGAUUUUCUGGAGAAGAUCCUGACGUUUAACCCCAUGGAUCGACUGACGGCCGAGAUGGGCCUGCAGCACCCCUACAUGAGCCCAUACUCCUGUCCUGAGGACGAGCCGGUGUCCCAGCACCCGUUCCGCAUCGAGGAUGAGAUCGAUGACAUCCUGCUGAUGGAGGCCAACCAGAGCCAGAUGUCCAACUGGGACAGGUACAGUAGCAGGUACCACAUCAGCCUCUCCUCCGACCUGGACUGGAGACACGACAAGCACCACGACAUGGACGAGGUGCAGCGGGAUCCCCGCGCGGGCUCCGAGUCCGCAGCGGAGGAAGCGCAGGUGGACCCGCGGAAAUACUCGCAGAGCAGCUCCGAGAGGUUCUUGGAGCUGUCCCACUCGUCCAUGGACCGAGUGUUCGAUGCUGAUUGUGGGAGGUCCUGUGAUUACAAAGUGGGAUCACCCUCCUACUUGGACAAACUGCUGUGGAGGGACAGUAAGCCCCACCACUACUCAGAGCCCAAGCUGAUAUUGGAUUUAUCCCAUUGGAAAAGGGCAACCAUAGCCCCCACAGCGGAGCUGUCGCUGGAAGAGGAGCCAUCCAACCUCUUCCUGGAGAUUGCCCAGUGGGUGAAGAGCACGCAGGUGGGGCUGGAGUGCCCCGGGUCCCUCCCAGAGAUGCAGGAGCGGAGCCUGCCCUCCUCUCCUCACCGCCUGCGCAAGGAACCCGCCGAGGUGAGCAGCGAGACCGACCCCGAGUUCAACUUGGAUGUCUUCAUCUCCAGGGCGCUGAAACUUUGCACAAAACCCGAGGACCUUCCGGACAACAAGCUCAACGAGAUCAACGGGGCCUGCAUCUCGGAGCACCCCGGGGACAUGGUGCAGGCUGAGGUGUACCAGAAGGACCGGUGGUGA